GUCCUGUCCUACUACCACCCCAUGUGGGACUCAGGUGUAUGUUCUUGGCCAAGUAUGUAAUUGCUCUAGGAGGGCCUGCCCUCAUUCUCAGGUCGCCGGUACACCCAUGGAAUACCACGGCCAACAGAGUUGUUCAUAUCCAGCGCAGGCAUACAGGGAGGGAAAUAAGUAGGCUGAUACUGUAUUGUUUGGGCCUCGGCGCGACUGAUCGAGUAUACAGACAUGAUGUCCACGGGACACCCGCGAAGAACUGCUGGAAAUUUCUGAGAGUUAAGGGGGUUCCGAGACCAUUGGAGACGAUCUUGCCUCAGGUAACAUAUAAGCAGCAUGGUUGCGUUGGGGGGGCUUGUGGGCACCCAUCAACAAGUGACUGGCGACACUUCGAUAGCCAAGGAUAUGGUGAGAAUACAUGACGAGAACCUGCAAGAUACAAAGGAUGCUCUCAUCUUGAACCACCGGCCAGGUAGGAAUAGCAGCAGUCAAGCCAAUGCCAUACGGAAGGGCCCGAGGAAAGACAGGGCUGUGGGAGAAGGGCGGGGAUGGGGAGACGGUGAUGCACGAAAGCCCUCAUCCCAACUGUUGAAACAAUUUCCUGCCAGGAAGGAGAGCCCAUAUUAGUUGUGGCAGGCACGUGGGGAGAACGAAACACCGACCAAGACGGGUCUAUAUUUAUAACAUCUCCGUCAAACACUGCUGUUCAUGCAAGACACCUGGAGCCAAGACCCUUGAGAUCUUGAAUAUGGGGCCCUGCUCUUGACAUGAAAUGGCCUAAGGAACACCCCCAGG